CACCGCUGCACAACAACUCAAAGCUACACUUAGCAGACUAUAUACUAUACAUAUAUACUGUUAUCCAUAUUGUCAGUCGCGUCUUGUUAAGGAGAAGGGGACGGAUAUUUAGAGUUGUUUUAGGGAUUUAAGAGAAACCGGAACUGGCCCCUCCGCUCCCCGUCACCAUGCCUGCUCUGUUAGAGAGACCGAAACUGUCCAACGCCAUGGCCAGAGCCUUACACAAACACAUCAUGAGGGAGAGAGAGCGCAAGAGACAAGAAGAGGAAGAAGUGGACAAAAUGAUGGAGCAGAAGAUGAAAGAGGAAGAAGAGAGAAAAAGGACAAAAGAGAUGGAGGAAAGAAUGUCACUGGAGGAAACAAAAGAGCAGGUGCAGAAGAUGGGGGAGAAACUGCAGGGUUUGCAGGAGGAGAAACACCAGCUCUUCCUGCAACUUAAAAAAGUCCUUCACGAAGAGGAGAAGCGACGGAGGAAGGAGCAAAGUGAUAUUACAACACUGACUUCAGCCAGUUAUCAAUCCAGUAUUCCUCUGCACUGCACAGGACAGCACCUGCUCAGCUUGCAAGGCAGUCCUGUGAGUCACAGUAGACCUGGAGGUUUGUUGGCAGAACGUGGUAAACAGUUGUUUCAGACACCUGGUAUCCCUGGCCGUCACUUCCCUGGUCAGCCUGCUUUCACUUCAGGCUCUACUGAGCAUGCUCAGUUUUCAGCCAGCCCUGCAGUUCAUGAGGCGUACGCAGUCACCCAGACUCAGCACCCUUCCACCUAUGGCCCAGCUGCAUCGGUCCCCAUCAGCUUCUCAGGAACGCAGAUUAGGGCUGGUGCUUCAGCUUUCCAGACCAUGCCCUACCUGCCCCAUCAGCCACAGGGUUAUGCUGUCCACAGCCACUUUGCUUCCCAGCCAGGAUUCCUCCCCAGUGCCAGUAUACCCCUUCAGAAGCAGCUGGAACAUGCCAAUCAGCAGUCUGGCUUCACUGACUCGGGUGCCCUGAGGCCCAUGCAUGCGCAGGCUCUACAUGUAAGUGCUGCAGGACUGCUGCCUACACCUUCACUGGCUGUUCAAAUUCCUACCGUAAAGGCCCCAUUUCAGAGCUCUCCUCAGCCAGCUCCCCGUCACGCUUUCCUCUCCCACCCACAAGCUGGACAGAGAUUCUAUCACCAUAGCAAGUAACCAAAAGCAGACCACAUAAAAAAAAAUUCUCAACAUGUGGCCAGUAACCAUAAUGACCAUAACACUGGGUUAGAAAGGGUCAAAUAAUGUUUAUACCUCUGUACAGGUCUGAUUUGGAUGGUCUGGAAAAUGUACAUACACUUUUCAUGUAGAUAUUUUGUGGCUUCUCUUAAACGCAUUAUGUGGGUGAAAGGUUUCAUCUAGAAGCAUUACUCACUAGUUUUUUCUGUUGUCAAAAGUGAUUAGACAUCAUAGAUUUAAGACAUUUGUUCAAAUAUGAUAGAAUUGUCCAGAUAGCUCUUUUUGUUCAGACUGAAUAAAAAUACAUUUUUGUGUGUGAUAUUUAUUCAGUGAGUGAUUUUUGCAGAUCCUGUACUUAUUUUCCUAUUCACAGGACUGUUGCAAAAUAGAUGUAUUAGAUGCCAAUUGGAAACAUUUACGGAGACAGAUGUUUACCACUGUAGAGGAAGUUCCAGUUGUUUUUACACUAAAAUUAUAUUUGACAUCCAUGGCUAGAUUUUAUUUGUAUUGGAAAGUUCUUCCAUAAUUGAGUAUGAUUUUUGCUGUCACCUGGCCAAAAGCUGCUUCAAAAAUCAUUCGCAACCCUGAGGAAAACUAGAAAAAAGAAGACAUCUACCACGGUAAAAUGUCUUGUAGCUGUAUUAAUGAUUCAAGGGAGGCUACUCUGAAUAUUACAAACAAGGUUUUAAGGUUGGAGCUGAUUAGAAGGGACUCC